AUGAAUGAGCUGCAAAACCAUGGGCCAAAGCCUCAGGAGGCGGCCCCAGUGGUCGAGGGGGUCGUCAAUCAGGUUGGCCAGCCUGCUGCUGUCGACUCUUCCUCAGAGGAGGAUAAUCUCCAAUUUGAUAUAAAGAGCAGGAAACAGCCAGUUGUCCCUCCCCAGAAGAUUCUCCCAGGACAAGUUCGUCAGGUGGUUGCGGCUUUUGAAGCUAGUAUGACUAUCAACGACGACAAGGAUAUGGCUCAGGAGGCAGAAGGGAUUAUGAUUUCGAAGCUCAACGAAUACGGUUCUAAUUUCGAAAAUGAGACUCGUAAUCUUGAUAAUGAUACUCGUAAGCGGGCGUUUGAUGAGCUGGAGGGUGGUAUUGGGACGAGUCCCACGCCCAAAAAGCAGUUUGUGGAAGAACAAGACACUACUGAACCGGUGGAGGUAGCCAGCCGUGAUUGGCCCCAGUCGGAUAAAUGA